GGGCGGGGACACCACGGCAGCGGCCGCUCUGUGUCCCCGGAGCCGGACCGCGCAGGCCCGUCCCGGCAGCCCGGGGGGCGCCAUGUGGUUCAUGUACGUGCUAAGCUGGCUGUCGCUGUUCAUCCAGGUGGCAUUCAUCACCCUGGCCGUCGCGGCUGGACUGUACUACCUGGCAGAGCUGAUCGAAGAGUAUACGGUGGCCACCAGCCGAAUCAUCAAAUACAUGAUCUGGUUCUCCACAGCAGUACUGAUCGGCCUGUACGUCUUUGAGCGCUUCCCCACCGGCAUGAUUGGCGUGGGUCUUUUCACCAACCUCGUCUACUUUGGCCUUCUCCAGACUUUCCCCUUCAUCAUGCUGACAUCACCUAACUUCAUCCUGUCAUGCGGGCUGGUGGUGGUGAACCAUUACCUGGCAUUUCAGUUUUUUGCAGAAGAAUAUUACCCUUUCUCUGAGGUCCUGGCCUACUUCACAUUCUGCCUGUGGAUCAUCCCGUUUGCUUUCUUCGUGUCACUCUCGGCUGGGGAGAAUGUCCUGCCCUCCACCAUGCAGCCAGGCGAUGACGUGGUCUCCAAUUACUUCACCAAAGGCAAGCGAGGCAAGCGCUUAGGCAUCCUGGUUGUCUUCUCCUUCAUCAAAGAGGCCAUCCUACCCAGUCGGCAGAAGAUAUACUGACCCUUUGGGGAGGGCAUGUGAGGGGCAAGACCAAUAGAACCAGGUCCCUGGGGUUCUGGGCAGCAGUGCCUGGGAGCCUGGAGGAUGUCUUCUGCCAGCCCCGGUUUCCCUCCCCUCUGUUCUGAAGCGCGAUCCCACUCUCCUCAGGGGGCUUGAAUGCUGCCAAGGACACCAGAGGGGGUAGCAGAGCCUACUGUGCCAGGCGCUGUGUCUCCAGCCCUCCCUUCCCCAGAGUUGGGUCUGGUCAGCUGGGGUAGGCAGGGAGGGUCUAUGAAGCUGAGGAACAGACAGCAAGGUCUCAGGCGGGUGACCAGAGGGAGAAGCUGAGGCUUGGCACUUCCGGAAAAGUGCAUUUUGCUGUUGAACUAAGGGUCUUGUCCAAUGCUGAUUCCCCUUUGAAUAAAGAUUCUAGGCGACACUGUUUGCCUUAACACCCCAGGAGUUCAUCUUCUCUGCCCACUAGCCUUCUGCCUAGACUGGGCUAGCCUGCUCUAGGGUCUCCUCUUCUGGCUCUUUCCCUUCUGAAGGGAUUUCUGUGGCCCUAAGCAGGAAGGAACAGAGAUGAGGAUGAGUGGGCAGAGGCAGUCUUCCUGAGGCUCCUCCCUCUUGCCAUGGCUUCCUUCCCCAGACUGUGAGAGUCCAGAUGGGGGAAGCAGAAACCGUUUGUGGCUGGGUUAGAGAUGCAGAAGACAGUGUAUAAUAUCCUAGUUAUGUCUUCCUUUGAGAUAAAAGGAGAGGUUUCUCGGUGAAGUCUAUCUCAGGCUCAAUGAAAAAAAAAUAAACAUUGGCUUCUAGGCAGCCUCGCCUGUGGCCUGUUUCUUGAGAAAUGGGGUUGGGAAAGGCUGUCCCUCAGAGCACACAGGCCUCACACUUCAUGCAUGCUUCUGGCUCCUAGAGGGAUGUAAGCUCUGCCUUCUAAGAAGGUGUGGGCCCCAUCUUGGGCACAGACCAGCAUCUGUUGACCUUGCACUCCCAACUACAGUGCCUUGCAAGGCCUCAGCAGUACAUGGAAUGAAGGCGCCACUGGCCGAAUCUCAUACCUCACAGUGAGUCUGGCAGGUGCCCAGAUGGACAAGGCAUGAAGACCCUAGUUCGUGAACCAAGCAUCCUUCAUCUCGUUAGCUCUUGCAUUUCUGUUCUUAGCCUGCCGUUCCCUGGAUUUUGUUCUGCAGCUACAGAUGAGAUCACUAGACCUGCUUCUGGCAGUCAGGCUGCUG